AUGGUAAGAAUUCCGUGCACUAGUGUCGGUUGUAGUGUGAUGUAUACUAUGGUAUGUUCUAGACCCGAUAUAGCUUAUGCGGUGAGCUUGGAUUCAAGCAAGCUAACCGGGCUUUGUGACUCAGAUUAUGGAGGUGAUUUGCAUGCUAUAAAAUCGACAAGUGUAUUUGUGUUUAUAGUGGGUUGUUCGACGGUGAGUUUGCAAUCAUCACUUCAAGAUGGGGUUGCUCUUUCAACAACGAAAGAGGAGUGCAUAACCGUUACCGAGUCAUUUAAUGAAGCAAAGUGGCUCAAGGGUGUAGUCGUUGAGGUGGAGAUUGUUGAAGUUAAUGGUGACUUGAGUGCGCCAAUUGAUUUGUGCAUUCAUGUGUGGAACCCUAUGGAUGAUUUAAUAUGGUUCACUGAAACUGUUAUUGUUCAUCAAGGUAGUUCAAACCUUUUCGACCUUGGUGAUAUUAGAGGUUAA